AUGAACGGCAUGGCCAACAAGAACAAGGUGGCGGCGCUGCUGCUCCUCUGCUUCCUCUUCCUGGCCGUGAUCGUCUCCGCCGAGAUCAUCGAUGCCAAUGGGAUCGACGACGACGGUGAAGAGACAGACAAAGGCGGCGCCCACGGCCACCAGAAGCACAAGGGCCACAACAAGGAUGGCAAGGGAAAUCUCAAGCCCUCUCAGUGCGGCGGGGAGUGCAAGCGGCGGUGCUCCAAGACGCACCACAAGAAGCCGUGCCUCUUCUUCUGCAACAAGUGCUGCGCCAAGUGCCUGUGCGUGCCGCCGGGCACCUACGGCAACAAGGACGCCUGCCCCUGCUACAACAACUGGAAGACCAAGAAAGGAGGGCCCAAGUGCCCAUGA